AGCCUCAUAAGCAGGUGAAACUGAAGCGAGAUAGUCGUGUCCAGGUUGGGAGAAGAUCCCCCUACAUUGUUCCCUUUCUUGCCCCUUUUGCUCUGGAAGGGUGGAAGGGCAACCCAGACCAGCUGCCACCCGGGCCAGAUGGGGUGGGGUGACCUGGGCGUAUAUGGAGAGCCUUCCAGAGAGACCCCAAAUUUGGACCAGAUGGCCGCCGAAGGCAUGCUUUUCCCGAACUUCUACUCGGCCAACCCUCUGUGCUCACCAUCCAGGGCGGCCCUGCUCACCGGACGUCUGCCCGUUCGCAAUGGCUUCUACACCACCAACGGACAGGCCAGGAACGCUUACACACCGCAGGAGAUCGUGGGCGGCAUCCCGGACACCGAGCUGCUCCUGCCCAAGCUGCUGAAGCAGGCCGGCUACAUCAGCAAGAUCGUGGGCAAGUGGCAUCUGGGCCACAGGCCUCAGUUCCACCCCCUGAAGCAUGGAUUUGAUGAGUGGUUUGGAUCCCCCAACUGUCACUUUGGACCUUAUGACAACAGGGCCAGGCCCAACAUCCCUGUGUACCGGGACUGGGAGAUGGUCGGCAGAUUUUAUGAAGAAUUUCCAAUUAAUACGAAAACUGGAGAAGCCAACCUGACCCAGAUCUACUUACAGGAAGCUCUGGAUUUCAUUAAGAGGCAGCAGGCAGCCCAGCGCCCCUUCUUCCUCUACUGGGCCAUCGACGCCACGCAUGCACCUGUUUAUGCCUCUAAGCCUUUCUUGGGCACCAGUCAGCGAGGGCGCUAUGGGGAUGCUGUCCGGGAGAUCGACGACAGCGUGGGGAAAAUCCUGAACCUUCUUAAGGACCUGAGGAUCGCGGAGAACACGUUUGUUUUCUUCACAUCCGACAAUGGUGCUGCCCUCAUUUCUGCUCCCAAACAAGGAGGCAGUAAUGGCCCCUUCCUGUGCGGGAAGCAGACCACAUUCGAAGGUGGAAUGAGGGAGCCAGCGAUUGCGUGGUGGCCUGGUCACAUCCCAGCGGGCCAGGUGAGCCACCAGCUGGGCAGCAUCAUGGACCUCUUCACUACCAGCCUGUCCCUUGCGGGCCUGGAGCCACCCAGCGACAGGGUGAUCGAUGGCCUUGAUCUCCUCCCCGCCGUGCUGCAGGGCCAGCUGGCGGACAGGCCGAUAUUCUAUUACCGUGGCAACACACUGAUGGCAAUCACCCUCGGCCAGUACAAGGCCCACUUCUGGACCUGGACCAAUUCCUGGGAGGAGUUCAGUCAGGGUGUGGACUUCUGCCCUGGACAGAAUAUCUCGGGAGUCACCACCCACACGCAGGAGGAGCACACAAAGCUGCCUCUCAUCUUCCACCUGGGACGAGACCCGGGGGAGAGGUACCCCCUCAGCUUUGCCAGCACCGAGUACCUGAACGUCCUCCACAGGAUCACCCCAGUGGCUCAGCAGCACCAGGAGGCCCUGGUCCCCGGGCAGCCCCAGCUGAAUGUAUGCAACCGGGCGGUCAUGAACUGGGCACCCCCAGGCUGUGAAAAGUUAGGGAAGUGUCUGACACCCCCGGAGUCUGUCCCUGAGAAGUGCUCCUGGCCCCAUUAGCACCUGCUCCGGCCCAGGCCCUCCCACUGGUCCUGCAAGUGCCUGGGGGUAGGAGGGUCUGGCUCCACACUGGAAGAGCUUCAGCUGCCCUUUGCCCCGCCACCACCAGGGGGAUGUCACCGGCAGCCUGCAGCUGGACCUGCGAGGCUACACUGCCUGGCCCUGAAGUCACUCCUCAGCCCUCUUCCUGGCCCACCUGGCCCUGCUGCCUUGAGCCCUUCAUCAACCUCUGAGCUAAACGCUGUGCUGACUACAGGUCUUGGUCCUCCCAUCUGUCUCAUCCCCCCGCUUGUCUCUUACCACCUUCAGACUGGCCUUGUUCAGGCCUGGCCUUCGUCCCGGACCCGGAAGUCAUGACUCACCGUGGAUGCCCUGGCCUGUCAGCUCAAGCACUUCGGCACCAGUGUCAAGGGAGGCUGUGCCAAUCCUGUGUUGAGCCCCUUGGCGCUGCACAGGGAGAUCCUGGCCCCACCUCCCUGCACCACACCACAUGGGGAGGCAGAUGGCCUCCCUGACCUGGACCCUGCAUUGCCAAGGCCUCCCCCACUCAGUGGGGGCCGCUGCUGCUGCUGCUGCUUCCCUGCAAUGUGAGGAGGUCGGCACCCUCGAUUCUCCACCUUCCAUAGGGAUCUAGACCCUGGACUGCAGCACACUGUGAGGUGUGUCUCUCCCGCACAGGAAUCCUGACUGCCUGCCUCCCCUUGGUGCCUGCUGCGGCAAAGCACAGGCCCGGCCCGGGUCGGGUUGGAAGAGCCCAAGCAACUGAGCGCAGACUCCAAGGUCGCUCCCUUGAAGGCAUGUGGAGCUCCUUCCAUUGAGCAGCUUUUCACACCUGCAGUGAUUAUCUGCCCAAACUGUAAUUGCUGUAAGUCAGGAAAUUAUAAAGAAAACAGUUUCAGAAUAAAGUAACAGGCAUUUUA